AUAGUUAGAACAAGCCCUCUCAUUUACCGGUGAAGCAUGAGGGGAUAUUUAAUAUUCCUAGUUCUUUUGUCAGUGUCGCAAUUCAUUCGACCCUCUUCCGAAGCAACUCGAAAAGAUAAAUUAAAGUUAUUAGAGAGAUUCAAUGAUAUUAAAGCUCUUAAAAAGUACUUAAGGACGAAUACAAAUGUUUUGAUGGUUGCUUCAAAAUCCGGAAACCUACCGGUGAGUCGGUUAACUUUAUUGGGCGAUGUUGCUUCAGAAAUAAAAGGCAUUGCAUCAAUUGUAUUAAUUGAUUGCGGCGAUUCUAAAAAGCUGUGCAAAAAGAUGAAAAUUUCUCCAGUUGAUCACGAGUAUCGCCAUUAUAAGGAUGGAGAAUUUACUAAAAUCUAUGACAGACAAAUGACGGUACGCUCCAUGACAGCUUUCUUAAAUGAUCCUACCGGUGAUAUUCCAUGGGACGAAGAUCCUACUGCAACAGAUGUUGUUCAUCUGGACAACAAAGCCGCAAUGAACAAACUUUUCAGAAAAGAUCCAAGGCCCACGCUUCUUAUGUUCUACGCUCCAUGGUGUGGAUUCUGUAAAAAAAUUAAACCAGACUAUGCUGCAGCAGCUACUGAAGUUAAAAAUAAAUAUGUAAUUGCCGCAAUGGACGUUAAUAAACCAGAAAAUUCAGAUGUAAAAGAAGUAUAUAAUAUAACUGGAUUUCCAACUAUUUUGUACUUUACUAAAGGAGGAAAGAAACAUAUGACAUUUGGUGGUGAGAAUACAAAAGAAGGGAUUAUCAGCUGGUUGGACGAUCCUCAACCUCCAAAACCAAAAGAAAAGGAAAAGGAAUGGGCUGAAGAAGAGAAUGAAGUUGAACAUUUGACUGAUGAAACAUUCGAUGAUCAUAUAGCUAAAAAUUCUAAAGUUAUAGUCAUGUUCUACGCUCCAUGGUGUGGUCAUUGCAAAGCCAUGAAACCUGAUUAUGAAGCUGCAGCAAUUCAAAUGAAGGAAGAGAAAAUUGAGGGCUCUUUAGCUGCUGUAGAUGCUACAAAGCACGAAAAAGUUUCCAAGAAAUUUGAAGUUAAGGGAUUCCCAACUAUCAAAUAUUUUGAAAAUGGUAAAUUGGCAGAUUUUGAAUUUAACGGAAGAACGAAAGAAAAGAUUAUCGAAUUUAUCCAGGAUCCUAAACCUCCACCCCCACCAGAACCUGAAUGGGAUGAAUCUGAAUCUGCUGUUGAACAUUUGACUAGCGAUAACUUCAAAGGUUUCAUUAAAAAGAAGAAGCACACUUUAGUAAUGUUUUACGCCCCUUGGUGUGGACACUGCAAAAAGGCUAAACCGGAAUUCACAUCUGCUGCAGAGGAAAUCCAAGAUAAUCCCAAAUUGAGUUUAGCAGCUGUGAAUUGUAUUAAGCAUCAGAGCUUAUGCAGCGAUGUAAACGGCUAUCCUACUUUUAAAUAUUUCAAUUACGGUAAAGCCGGAACGAAAUAUGCUGGCGGACGGGAAAAGGCUGACUUCUUAAAGUUUAUCCGUGACCCCGAUAGCGCAGCCAAUGUACAAGCUCCUCCACCAACCGAAUCGGCAGAAGAUGCUUGGACUGAAAUUCCACAUGCUAGUAAUGUAAAUCAUUUGUCAGAUGAAUCAUUUGACAGUUUUGUUAAGAGUCAUUCAAGUGUUCUCGUUAUGUUUUAUGCACCAUGGUGCGGCCAUUGCAAGAAUAUGAAGCCGGCUUAUGCUGAAGCCGCAAAAAUUUUAGUUGAUGAGAAAAUCGAAGGUCACAUAGCUGCUGUAGAUGCAACUAUUCACAACUCAAUCGCUAAGAAAUUUGAAGUUAAAGGAUAUCCUACGCUAAUACACUUUAAAAAUGGGGCCAAAAAUAUGGAAUACGAUCGCUCCAGAACAGCAUCCGAUUUGGUGGACUUUAUGAAAAAUCCUGUUAAGAUGAAGAUACCAAAGGUAGUUCCUCCUAAAAAGGAAGAGUUUAAGAAAGCUCCAGCUGCAGAAGAUUGGAAGGGACUUGAUGGAUCCGAUUCUGUAUACCACAUAACAGUUGAUAAUUUUGAAGCUUUUAUUCAGACUUAUCCAAGUGCUUUGAUUAUGUACUAUGCACCCUGGUGCGGUCAUUGCAAAGCUAUGAAACCUGAUUUUGCGGCAGCUGCUAAGAUGGCUAAAGAGAAAAAUUAUACAGGAGUACUUGGAGCUGUAGAUGCUACAGUUCAUCCUUCCCUAGCUCAAAAAGCUAGUGUUAGGGGUUAUCCAACCAUUUUAUAUUACGAAAAUGGCUCCUUUUCGAAGUCUUAUACCGGAGGAAGAAAAACAGAUGAUUUAUUACAAUUUCUUAAAGAUCCAACAAAAUGGAAAUCAGACAUACCGGAUAGUUGGGAAAUUAGUGAAAAUAGCACUAUUUCUCAUUUGAAUUCCGCCAAUUUCACUGAAACUCUAAAAAAGUUUAAAUCAAGUUUUAUUAUCUUUUACGCCCCCUGGUGUGGUCAUUGUAAAAAGAUGAAACCUGUUUUUGAGAAACUUUCUGGAAAUUUUUCAGAAAAUAAGCAGUACUUUUUUGGUGCUGUCAAUUGUAUUAUAGAAAAGGAAAUUUGUCAACAAUAUAAAGUUAAAGGAUAUCCCACAUUUAUAUUUUUUGAAUAUGAAAACGGAAAGCAAUACAGGGGUUAUAAUGAUGAAGAGAGUCUCUAUUCAUUUUUAAAGGAUCCCAGCAAAGCUCUUAAUCCAGAGGGAGGGUGGGAAAAUAUAACUGGAUCGGAACAUGUUAAAAAAAUCACUUCUUAUUUAGAAAUUAACCAAGAAUCCCAAACGAAUAAUCAUCUUCUCUUAUUUUUCACGUCUGCAUGGUGCGCUGAAUGCGAUUUUAGAAAGAAAGAAUUCGCAAAAGCAGCUGAAAUAUUAGCUAAAACUGGUCAUCGAGUUAAACUUCUUUCUUUAAAUAUUGAUUUUUAUCCAGAUAUUGCAGAUAUAUUUAAAGUUUCAAAAGCACCAACAUAUUACUAUUUAAGCCGAAAUAUGGAUAGGAAAUUUGAAUAUCGUUUAACAAAAAACCAUGGUCAAAUUAUUGAAUUUAUGUCCAAUCCGGAUAAACUUAUACCGAAAUCUGAUUUUGAUCCUGCAAUGAAGUGGAUUAAUAUUGCUGGAAGUGAACAUCUCAAUCAUCUCAUUCAAUUUACUUUUAAAGAUUUUGUAGCAAAGAAUGAAAGAACUCUUGUCUUAUUUUUCGAUUCAAAUUGUACGGAGGAAUUUUGCGAUAUAAUGAUGGAAGAAUUUGCUGAAACAGCAAAGGUUUCAAAAGGGAUGGACUUUAAAAUUAAAUUAGCAACUGUUGAUAUUCAAGCACAAAAAGUUUUACGAAAGGAAGAAGGUGCCGAUGAAGAGGGCAAUUCAAUAUUCCUUUAUGAAAAUGGUAAGAGAACUAGAGAUAUAAGGCUGUACACUUCAUUCGAUCUGCUAAAUUUUUUAAAAGAUCCUGAAGCAAAUGAACCUACAGAAAUUGUAGAUAACCACGAUAUGUAUUGGUCACGUCACGAUCCAACGAAAUUAGUUCAGAGUUUAACCUCGCAAAACGCUAAGGAAAUUUUUGAAAAAAACGACGAAGUGAUUGCUAUAUUUUACGAUCCGAGCACAAUGACUUUUAAAGCUCUUCGACCAAAUUUUAUAAAAGUUGCCAAGAUGAUUGCAUCGUAUAGGAAAUGGAAAGAAGGGUCUAAAAAGUUUGAUAUUAUGAAAGAUAGCAUUGCUGAAGCUAAUCAAAUACUCCUGAAAGAAAAUAUUUUCGGAACUUUAGCUGUAAUGAAUGCAGAUUUGUUUCCUGAAGUUAUGAAAAAUCGAUCUAUUACGGAGACUCAGAUUAUUUACUAUUUAUUUGGCGAACAAAAGGAAGUUUAUAAAUUAGGUACGCACGUUGAAGAUAUCAUUGAAUUUAUUAAAUAUCCUCUGCCAUCUCCUCCAAUUUAUUCUCUGGCUAAAUGGUCUUUAAAUGAGGAUACACAAGUUGCCCAUCUAUCUCAUCAAAAUUAUACCCAAUGGUUGAAUGAUCAUCCAAAUUCGAUUGUAUUAUUCUAUAUACCUGCUUGUCAAGUGUGUGUAUUUAGUGCACGCGACUGUGAAGCUUUUGGGAAGUUGUGGAACAAUAGAAUUGCGGCUGUUAAAUGUGUCGGAAAGAAUAAAGCAACUUGUGCUAAACAAGAGAUUAAAGGUUAUCCUUUGUUUGUUUUAUUUAAAGAUGGAAAACCAAAAGAGAGGGCAAUGGAUAAACCAACAAGAAUUACAUCUCUAAAAUCUUUGGAUAUUAGAUUUCCAACAUCCCUGUCUGGAGAUGGAUCAGAUGCAAUUCACGAGCCAGACUAUUCUUGUGUUUACGUUAUUUUACAAACUGACACAAAAGAUGAAAGAUACUAUGGCUACGGUUUAACUUUUACCGUUGGUCGAGGAAAUGAAAUAGUAAAAGCAGCAGUAGACGCUCUCAGUAAUCACGUUGUGGAUACCGAACUAAGUACUAUUUUCUCUAAUUUUGCCGUAUUCUGGAGGAAACUAACCUGCGAUACGCAGAUGAGAUGGCUUGGUCCAGAGAAGGGUGUUAUACAUCUUGCAACUGCGGCUAUAACUAAUGCUAUUUGGGAUUUAUGGGCAAGAAUCGAAGGAAAACCACUAUGGAAACUGUUAGCUGAUAUGACUCCGGAGGAAUUGGUUUCAACCAUAGAUUUUUCUUAUAUAACCGAUGCUUUAACAAAGGAGGAGGCUUUAGAUAUCCUACGACAAGGACAAAUUUCUAAACAAGAAAGAAUAGAUAAAGUUAUUAGUUCGGGUUAUCCCGCUUAUACAACAUCCGCUGGUUGGCUAGGAUAUAGCGAUGAAAAAAUAUCCAGACUUUGCAAAGAAGCUUUAGAAGAGGGAUUUACAAGAUUUAAGGUAAAAGUUGGGAAAAAUCAUGAAGACGAUCUUCAUAGAGUUGGUUUAGUAAGAUCAUUAAUUGGACCUGACAAUUUAUUGAUGACCGAUGCAAAUCAGAGAUGGGAUGUACAACAAGCAAUUGAUUGGAUGAUACCUUUAGCUAAGCACAACAUUCUUUGGAUUGAGGAACCUACAAGCCCUGAUGAUGUUUUAGGACAUGCUAAAAUCUCACAGGGUUUGAAACCGUAUGGAAUAAAAGUUGCCACAGGAGAACAUUGUCAAAAUAGAAUUAUAUUUAAGCAAUUUCUUCAAGCUGGCGGUUUACAAUAUUGUCAAAUUGAUAGCUGUAGACUUGGCGGGCCUAAUGAGAUAAUAAGUGUUUAUCUGAUGGCUAAAAAGUUCAAUGUUCCAGUUUGCCCACAUGCCGGUGGAGUAGGCCUAUGCGAGCUAGUUCAGCAUUUAUCUAUAUUCGAUUAUAUUUGUGUAUCAAAAACUAUGGAUGAUAGAGUCAUUGAAUAUGUAGAUCAUCUUCAUGAACACUUUUAUAAUCCAACGGUAGUUAGAAAGGGCUGCUAUCAAGUUCCAAAGGAACCAGGUUAUAGCACUAGAAUGAAAGAAGCUUCUCUUCUGGACAAUGAAUAUCCUAUUGGGAAAGAAUGGCAGAAACUAUUCGACGAAGGAAGAUACGCUAGACCUUAA